UUUUGUUCUGAAGAAAAAAAUUUCACGAUCAGUUAAAAUGUAUUUAAUAACGAGUAGACAUCCAGACUGAAGUCAUUCAUGUCAUUCAAAUAUUUCAGGUAUUUAAACACAUUUUAUUGAUGUCACAAUUAUGUCUUAUUCAUCUCAACAAAAUCCACAAUAUGUUAGUAUUUUCGAGAGAAUUUCACUAUGACAAUCACUUUACUUUUAACACAAAACAAAUAUGGAUUUGUGUAUUUUCAUUGCAAGAAGAUAAUGAAUACAAAAAUACACAUUCCUGUCUACAUGGAACUGAAUAAUGCUGUGAAAAUAUCACCCGUUAAUGAAGAUGAUUUUGUGGAUGUUGGGUUAAUUUGUGGAUGUCAUUUAUCACAAAACAUCCACAUUUCAGGUAACAUUGAGAACGUUUGGGCAGUAGUUAACUGGUUCGCCUCAGUAUGGUAUUCCAAAGUAAUUCACAUUCACCAUUUCACCGAGGAUGAAACCCUGAGCCUUCAGAUUACACGAUAGACCAGUGAUCUCGAGUGCCAUUGCACUUAUUUCAAACACAAGUCAUUUCACAAUGUUGGGCGGUGGUCGUCCAAUCCCAUUGUUAACAAUUGAUACUGCCUCGACACAACUGACCUUUAUCGAUUACUACUUCC